AUGGCCUUCUUCACGGGCAGAGCAAAUAGACAGGAUUCCUACGCGACGGGCAACGCCCAAUUCGAGACUGAAGUGCCAGGACGCACCGCGACUGGAAAACGGACUCGAAUACAGUUAAGAAAUCCCCGCAAGCUCCGCGACGAGGAACAGGGUACUACAGCUCCACCAAAUGGCAAAAUCCCGUCACGGCCAUCGAUUCCCCCAAAGUAUAUCGCCAAACAUGAACUAUUUGUCCUUGAUAUCGCCCAAACGAGAUCGGGAUAUCGCCCAUACGAGGCAGAGAGAGAAAGGCAAGAAACCGUGAUCUUAACGCGCCGAAAACCGGAAGCCCAGGACCAUGGCUACGACUCUGCGAUUGAGAUUCGGUGGGUUCACCUGCAGGCGAAGUCUAACACGAUGUCCUUCGAAGACUUCCAGAAAGCCGCUGCAGACGUUCAAGGACUGCAAGACGAUGAAAUUGCUCUCGCCUUGAAAAUGUUGAAAAACGUUCAGUCAAGCAACGAGAAAUUCUUCGUCCACGGCGAAUACGGCAAAUAUCUGAUCCCCACUGCCCACCGAUACGAUGGUGAAGAUCCCGAUCUGCGCGGAGAUGAAAUUCCGAAAUAUGCCAUCUUUUUCUCACUUCCAUAUUUCGAUCUCAGACCAUUGCAGGGGCUGGAUUCGGUGGGCAGGAAUGAGUCCAUUUAUCCCAUCAGGACGUUGUUGCAGUCUCAUCACCGUCUGGCAUCGACGAUUGAACGCGACCGGAAACAGGCUGUCUUGAAACUGACCAGCUCCAAAGCCGUGAAGACAGACAAGGUCAUUUAUCUGCCGGAACUUUGGUGCGUGAUCAUUAAUCAGAAGACCAUCGUCACGUAUGCGCCAGAGCCUCUAGAAGGCAUUGAUGGCCUCUUUGGGAAGACGGUAUCAGCAGUAGAAUCCUCCAAGGGACCGCCGGUAGUGCGGUAUGAGACCCUGAAAGGAGAAAAACGCCAUUUUCCGAUCGCACAAUGCAAGACUUGGGUUCAACUUUGUCAGACCAUCAAGCUUCACGAGGACAUUAUCGAUUUUGAUCUGGAGACAAGAAACGGCGAAAUCAUCACUGAAACCAAUUGGGUGCAGAUUACCGAGAAGUAUCAGAACAUUGAUGUUCGGAUCCGACAACAGGAUUCCGAAUCCGACUCUGGACUUUCGAGCCAUGAUGAUUCGAGCUCAGAGACGGACACUCAGUAUGUGAUUAUCGCCCCAGACGAUGCCAGUCGUCCCUCGUCGCCAGCGCCAUCGGAUCCUCACCCAGAUAUCGUGGAAAUUGUUCCGGAUGAGUCCUCUGACGGCGAUGACUCGGACGCAGAGCUGAAACGCAUUUUCGAAGCCAAAAGGGCGAGAUUACGCGACCUUGAAGGUCACCUAUAUGAGGAGUCGUUCUCAUCUGAUCAAAUAGCCGAGAUUCUGAAAAAUCGUGCCGAAGAAUCAGCGGCAGAGGUUAUCUCGGCCGUCAGGCGACCACGGAGGGCCGAGACAAUAGGUCUCGCCCCUACCAACACGCAGCGCCAAAGCUUCGAACGACGAUCGGCAUCCCUCCAGGAUAACCCUCUGGCCACAGAUCCGAAUGCGGGUAACGGCCCCGCCCAGCCCGAUCCUCCAUCAGAUCCUCAACCCGACCUUCCAGCAAAUCCUCAACUCGAGACUCUGUCCACGCCCCCAACCCAAGCUGCUCCCUCCACUCUAAAGAGCCAGCCUCAACCGGAGGUUGUCGUGGACAAUUCACCCGUGUCGCCAGGCGGCAGCGAUCCUACCCCGAAACAGAGACACAAAGAACGUCGACCCUACUAUGGUAGGAGAGUAAGAUCACCCUUUCGAUUUCGUGGUAGUCGGAGCCGGAGCCGGAGCCGGAGCCGGAGCCGGCGGCGCGGAGAUGGCAGUACGGAGAGCCGACACAGGGAACAUAUCAGAGGUCAGGACAGCCAAACAGCACGCCGCCUAUCGGCUACAUCUCCUCAGGACCCAUUGUUGUCACCGCUGGGGAACGAAGCGGGGGCUAUACCGCCAGAACGAAUCAUUCGAAGAGAACGGCGAAGGUAUCACCGUCAGUCGAGUUCGAGGCCUCAACAUCCACGUCAUAAGAGGAGGAACCCAUCGCACGAUUGGCAGAAACGUCACGACACCUCUGGCACUCCGAUGACUCUGUCUAACCCAAUUUUCACGUGGCCUACCAGUCAUCCGUCGGCACGAGCAAGUGUCGUCGCCGAAGAUGGGGCGAUCGCUGAAGGUCCAGCUGUCGUACCACCUCCAGAUCCCAGCGUGGCGAGUAAUAAUAGAACCAAGCCGCCGCCCCAGAGUCGAAGCGAGGGAUCAUCUACAUUGGGUGCAUAUCAAGAGCGGCCCCACGAUGAGGCCACUUUGGAGAAUAUUCUUCGAGAUACCCAAAAACAGCUAGAACAGUCAGAAAGUGCAAGAGAUGGGGACUUUUAUGCCCGCAUUGCUGAGCAACCACUCACGUUUGUUGAGGAGAAAAUCGAAGAGCUUCGAAAGGCGGCCGCUGGGGCUAAUCAAGGCAAUCAGGCUAAUGCGUCAACCGAAAAACUCAAGGCGACCCUACCCCAGAAGGAACAAAUCUUGCUAGUGGCGAAAAAGCUGCUCAACACGUUUACGCCGAUAGAUUACCCCUCGCCAGUCGUGAGGAAAUAUUGGGGUGCUGUCAGCUUACUGAUAAUCGAUCUCCCCCACUUGUGGCCGGUGAAAUAUCAAUUGCACUCGGGCAAUACAGUUAUCGAAUCAUCGGCGCUGGAGUUCAUUGUGAAAGAAAGCACCGAAUUCCUCCGAACGAUCGAGUACAUCGUCAGAGGAAUCCCCCCUGACCAUUACCGAAUACCGCCCGCCCUGAUGCAGGCCUUUACGCAUCUUAUCAUGUUCUAUGUCUAUCAUGGACUUGCUAUGGCCACGGCUGAUCGACGCGAGAGCGAAUAUCUUUAUAUCGAGGGAGACAAGUGUACCGACAGAUGCAAGGCGUUGCUGAAUGAUGGUCUACGUCAGCUGAUCGUUCUUCUGCAUACGGAAGACGACGGUGUACGGGUCAGUUAUGAAGCCCUUGAAUCAGAGACCAUUGUCUCCUUUGUCAUGGAGAAUCUCCUGGAGAGACCUCUGAAGCUUGAACCGAACGAAGUGGACAUCACCGAGGUCUACAGUGAGUACAUAUCGAAGCUGGCAAGUUCUCUUCAUCAUCCAUGCACCGGCGCCGCCAUCGCUGACCUUGAAGUACAGCAAUAUCCUGGUGUCAAAGUGUUCGGCCAAAUCCGCCUGCUCAGCGAGGAGCUCGAGAUUAUCGAGAAGAUCUUGGCCAAGCAAUAUCAGAUCGUUAUGGACUUUGCGCAACUCACCGAUGAGAGCAUGUUCACCGCCGAUCAUCGGUACCGGAUCCCCGAGUCGGAGUCUUACUCCGGAAAGCUUCGCAAAAGGGUCCUCGGCAGGACGAUCAAUUCUCUGAUCGAAAAACUGGAAGAUAUUCACGAACUGAAGGACCGGGCCGCAUAUAUGCAGUGGUCUGCGCGUCAGUCCAUCUCCAUUCGGACCGAAUCCAACGAGAAAGCCAUCCUGGUCUUCACCGUCGUCACCGUCAUCUUCCUUCCGCUAUCCUUCGUGACGGGAUAUCUGGGUAUGAACGUCGAGGACAUCCGUGAUACAAGUCGCCGGCAGUCGCUUUUCUGGGCAAUCGCCCUGCCUAUUACUACGGUCAUCGGGCUAGCCAUCGCCGUCUUGGUGGUUGGACCUACCAGUUCGGGAUGGCGACGGAGGAAGGCUGCCGAAAAGAUGGACUGA